AUCUGGCCAACAUGAGGAUGUGAUGAAUGAAUAUUGAUCAGUGUGGGGAGGGUGUAGUAAUAGUCAAUCAAUACACAGUUUGUACUACACUGCAUUCUCUUUAUUGUGGUCAUUUAACAUCUCAUGAUGGGUAUAUAGUUUAGAACCUUCAUUGAAUCACAAUGUCUAACGAUUCUUUCGAACUGCCAUGUGAUGUUCUGACAGGGACAAACCAUUCCACUCCCUAUGGCAGACUCAAUGAUUUCUGGGACUUAUAUAAUGGUGUUCCUUUCAACCUCACUGUCAAUGUGGCUGGAUUUUUGAUUCUGUUACUCCUGUUUGCCCUCUUGAGAAAGAUUGCCUGGGAUUAUGGUAGAAUUGCUCUAGUCAGUAGGACUGAAGAGAAGCCAGAGGAAAAGAAGUCCAAAAGCGAUUACAAUGUAUGGACCUCACUUUUUUAUGGAGAUCAUGAUGAAAAACCAAAGAUUGGCUCACAAGAAUCUUUGGAUACACACAUACAUCUACAUGAUAAUCAUUUCUUUGCUUGGAUUACUGCAUACUUUAAAGUCAAAGAUUCAGAUAUAGCACAAAAGAAUGGCAGAGAUGCUAUGCAAUACCUGACUUUCCAGAGAUACCUCAUUAUAUAUACAGCUAUGAUUACUGUGUUGUCUGUUGUAGUUAUACUCCCUAUAAACUUCCAAGGCGACAAUAUUGGAAGUGAUAAAGAUCUCGGUCAUACAACUAUUGGCAACUUAGAUCCAGACUCUAAGUACUUAUGGGUACAUGCGAUCCUUGCAGUGGUAUAUUUAAUUAUCUUGGUGGCUCUAAUGAGGCAUUUCUCUCUCAACCUAGAUUUUACAAAAGAUGAACAGGUAUCAAAAACUUUGAUGGUGUCCCAUAUACCGAGGGAUAAAUGUUACAAGAACACUAUACAACAACACUUUCAAGAGGCCUACCCAGAAGUAGUAGUACUAGAUAUACAGUUUGCCUACAAUAUUUCUAAGCUGGUUAAGCUGGACAAGAAAAGAAAAAUGAUGGCAGAAGCAAAGUUUAUGUCAGAAUUAGAGUAUGAUGGCACAGGAACAAGGCCUACUCUGAGACCAUAUCUCUGUGGGAGAUGUUUAUGUGAUUGUUGUGGUUGUGAAAAGGUUGAUGCUAUUGAUUACUACAAAUACGAAGAGGAUGUGCUCAUAGCAGAAUCUGAAAGUCAGAAAGUAACAGCAUACAGGGACCCAGCUGGCAUAGCUUUUGUUACCUUUGAAAUUGAUUAUAUGGCUGAAAAAGUUCUGACAGAUUUUAAAGCUGCAUGUAAAGGUACCCAUAAUCCACUACAGUCAAGUUUGUUCACAGAAUUAGCAGUGGAAGAUUGGAGAGUCAAAUAUGCUCCUUCUCCAGAAAAUAUUUAUUGGGAAAAUCUUUCCAAGUCAACUUUAGUAUGGUGGAUCCAAGCUAUUAUAAUCAAUAUGUUUUUGAUUAUUUUGUUGUUCUUCUUCACAACACCACUUAUUGUUAUUAAUAAUCUUAAUGAAAUCAAUAUAAAUGUAUCAGCAGCUACAGAAAAAAUUAGUCCAUUUGUUGAGCAGUUUGUACCUACUAUUCUCCUGUGGACCUUUGCAGCUUUACUUCCUAACAUAGUCUAUUGGUCUGACCAACUAGUAGGGCACUGGACAAGAACUGCCGAACAUCACAAUAUAAUGGUAAAGUGUUAUGUCUUCCUGUUACUGAUGGUGCUCAUACUUCCAUCACUUGGUUUGACAAGUGCAAAAGCCUUAUUCCAGUGGUUUGUGAUGGAUUUACAGAAAAAUUUCAGAUGGAAAUGUAUAUUUCUGUCAGGGAAUGGUGCUUUCUUUAUAAAUUACAUAAUUACUGCAACUUUCAUAGGAACAGCUUUAGAAUUGCUGAGAUUUUCAGAAUUGUUUAUGUAUGCAUUUCAUUUGUGUAUGACCAGGUCAAAUGCUGAGAAAGUGGCAGUCAGAAAGUCCAUGAUAUGGGAGUUCCAGUUUGGUAUUCAGUAUGCUUGGAUGUUAUGUGUAUUUUGUGUUAUAGUUGUUUAUAGUAUACCUUGUCCUUUAAUUGCACCAUUUGGUUUGUUGUAUAUGAUAUUUAAACAUGCAGUAGACCGUUACAAUAUUUAUUUUGCAUACAAGAGGUCACGCAUCAAUAAAUAUAUUCAUCAGACAGCAAUCAACUUUGUAGUGGUAGCUGUCAUCAUGUUACAGUGUAAUAUUGUCUUCUUCACGAUCGUUAGAUCAGAAGGAACAAAUGCAGUGUUUGUGUUUUCUGCUGUGUGUUUAUUCCUGUCAUUAAUUAUAUUUAUUGGCAAGGCAUUUUUUGGAUGGUUCAAACAUCUAGAUACUAACAGAUACAAGUCAGCUGGAUUGGAUGACGAGCAAUUUGGGGAGAGUGAUGGUUUAACAACACCACCCGAGACUAACGAAAAGCCAUUUAUAGCCAGUGUUCUACUCAACAGGAAUAGUACAGAUGAAAGUGUGCAAGUAUCUACCAGUUCUGAACCAGUAGGGGUGCAAGGCAAGACAAACUACGGGUCUGUCAAUGAAAAACACACACAGGAUCCUUAUGAACCAUAACUUUGAUAGUAUGUGAACCUGUACUAUUGAAAGAUCAAAUUUAACUAUGAUUUACAAUACAGUGCAUGGAGUACACUUUUGCUCAGUUUUCUAUAAGAGGAAAACGUGAAUUUAAUUCAAUAAGAAUCGUUUCAAUAUUGUAUUAGUGUAUCUGAUCAUAUUGCAAGGUUUGUACUUCUGCAAUACAUCAGUUAUAAAACCCUGUAUACAAUUGCGAAGCAGAUCAAAUGGAAUAUUGUGUGAACUCAUACAUAAAAAUUGAACGUAAACAUUUUACUUAUUGAAAUGUCGUAGUUUAAAUUUACUGACAGGAUUGAAGAAAAUAUUAGACAGAUUAUGAAAAAUAUAAUAAAUCAAUGCAGAAACAGAUAAAUUGAAGUACAGAAAAGCUGCAGAAAAUUUGCAUAAUUUUGUGGAAUGGACUGAAGACUAUUGCUUUUAUUUUUAAAUUAUAUAUAAUCAAUGCAUGCUAACAUUCCUUAAUUGGCUUGUUGGCAGUACACUUUGUGAUAUUUACCAGAAAAAAAUGAAUCAUCAUUUUUCUAUUUAUAAGUUUUAUAUGCACAAAUUUAAUUGCACUCAUAGGGUAGCUGUUCUGAACAUUAUUGGUUUGGAGAAAAAGCUUAUUAACUUCAGAGUUUUACAGUACACAAUUUGUAUUGUAUCCCUUCUGUAACUGUAUUAUCUUCUAUAUUUGAUCUCCUUUGCAGCAACUAAAUUAACUGUAGAAGGAUUUCUGCAAAUCAAAACCAAUCUUUCAGAAACAAACAUCAAAUUUCUAUCUGAAAUGAUUAUUUAAGUCUGCAAUUUUCCUAAAACUAAUAAAGAUAAUUAUUUUGCCUAUUUUUCAUGGGUCAAUUUUGUGAUAAUUUUUCAUAUCAAGCUUAUCACUUUAGAUCGAAAAUUAAUCAUUAGAAACUAAAAAUAUGUGCUGUUGUCAAUGUUAACAGCAACAAUGUCAUAGAAAAAGUAGCAAUAAAUAGAUUAUCAAUAGUGGUACAAAUUCAAGAUGCUUCUCUGCCACACCUCUGUAGCUAAGAAACAACCCUUCAUUUGGAAAAUUAUUGAUAAUUCAUAAAUUAUUCAGGGGACUCCAAAAGAGGGGAUAUGUGUUUAUGGAAUGGAGUUCAAAAUUUUAUGAAGUCCAUUAGUGUUACCAAAACUACUGCAUAAUAGUAUUAGUUAUAUACUUUUUGUUAUAAUCUGCAAAUUCCUAGUCAACAGAACAAAGAAGUUUAAUAAUGGAGCAUAAAUCAUUUUGAAUCAUAGCAGAAUGACUAAGAAAUUUAAGCACAAGAUGUUAUAGUAUGGAAGGUGUUACUUUGCUAGUAAAUUCAUAUUCAUAACAAAUCGUAAUUGAAAUUUGCUUAAUUUGCAGUGAUUUUGAUAAGAUGCUUUUCAUCAUGUAGUUCCUAGUCAAUAAUAGUGAAUCAUAAUACAAUGAUAGUAUGUUUUACAUAUAAAACUACAAUACAUUAAAAAAAUGUUAAUUUUAAUGAUCCUUUUUUGAAAGGCUGAAAUUUCAUAUUGAAAGUGACAUCAAUUUAUAUCUAAAUUGAACUACAUCUCAGACUCAAAUUUAUCUGUUUAAUAUUUAAGUCUACUCAACAUUUUCUUUCAAUUUAGAAAGGUGAGGCAACAUUUCAUCUUGCCAAAAGUAAAAUAAAGAGUUUUGACAUUUUUUUAAAUUUUGAACCAAUUUGACCUUCUUCUUUGUGUACUUAGCUGUCAAAUCCUUAAAACCAAAAAUAGAUUUAUGCAUUUUUUUUGUAUAUAUGAUACAUGUCAUUGCUCUCAGUAUUAUCAGCCCUCUUAUUUCCUUUAGCUUAUAAGAAUUAUAUUCCUGACAUGUAGAAUUAAGAUUUUAAGAACUUUGCUUUAAGAUGUGAUAGCUUUACUUUACUCAAGGGAACAAACCAUAAUGUUGUUUUCCUAUUUAUGACUUUUAUGCACUAUAUACUUGUGAUAUGAAUUAUGAUAUAUAUGCUAUAACUUCAAUACUGCACUUUAAAGAUCAAUAGAUUGUCUAUUUAGCUGAGAAGUUAACUAGAUUAAUUUGUUUUAUUAUUGUCAUAUGGAAUUUUUUCCUUAAAGAUAAAUAUCUUAUUAUUAUUCUAAAACUCAGACAGAAAAACAUUUGGUAUUGAAAAAUUGUUGAAUACUCUAGGAUUUAAGAGAAUAUUUUCACAUACGGUCUGAUUAGUGAAUAUAAUUUGCAGUCUUCUGUAUAUAGAUGGUUAUUAAUCAAUAAAUAAGAGGUCGUCUGAAGGUUAUGAAUGUGAUCUAUAAUUCCUUAACAUUCCCUUUUAUAUCUGUGUUUUCUCCCCCUAUAUUUAAUGUCAUUGAUAAAGACAGCUUCCUUAUAUGUAAGGCCAAACCAAACCAUUUCUUUGUUAAUGUAUUUUCCCUUGACAAUUUAAUAUAAUUUUUAAAAAAAUAAAAUAAUGAUUAAGUUUUAUGCAUUAGGUUCUGAAUGACUAAAUCAUGCUUUAUAUUUUUUCUUAAAAAUGCUUAUGAAGCAUAAAAAAAUGAACCAACACUCUAAGUAGUGAAAUUUUGGUAGAAAAUCAUAAGAAUGUAAAUCUCAUGAUGCAAAAACCAAAUAACUUCAACAUUUGGAAAAACAGUAGAGUUUUUUUUGAAAUACUGACUUUAGACAGUUAUUUUUUUAACGAAAACUUGCUACAGUUUACCACACAUUAUAAGGAGAUUAUUUUGUUAAUCUAAAAAAUAUAAGGCUCCCUUUUCUUUUCAAAAAGUGAUUUGUACUUGUUUCCUUUGUCUAUCAAUUUCUUUUUACUUAAAGCACAGAUCUCAUCACAGCAUAGAAAAGACUUUUAAGUUCUGUUUGAGCUAAUAACAAUAAAUUAUUGGUAAAAUGCAGAAUGCACCAUAACACCUAGUAAUAAAACAUAAGGCUGCCCACAUUGACCAAUUAGGAUUAGACACACUUUUGAGUAGUACCAUUAGGACAGUACACUCACUGAGUGCAAAAAAAGUGUUUGUGAUUUAAAAGGGAGUUUUGUACCAUUUAAGUAAACCCUUUCACAGUCCUGUAAAAGCUGUAAAAAUUAUCAAAAGAAAAAUUUGAAAUUUUUAAUAAUGUAUUACUAAACAGAUUUCAAUGAAAACACCUUUUAAAAAUGUAUUCUGAAGUUUUUGUUUAUCAACCAGAAACGUUUUUUGACUUCCAAAGUAAAUAGAACUGGAAACUAGUAUAUGUCCUGAUUAGCCUUCAGAUUUCUAAGCUUUUAUAUAAAAUAAUUGAUCUGUCAGUUAUCUGGAAAUAACCAGAUUCAUCACUGACAUGUUAAUGGUUCUGACCCUUGCUUAUUAAGUCUCUUGGUCAGUAAAUAAUUGAAGUGUAUGUGCAAUAAUGGUGAUUUUAUGGCGGAUAAUUAAGUUCUUUUUAUCUGUCUGGGUUCCCUUUUCCUCUUUUGAAAUAUAUCUUAUAGUGCAUAGAGAUUUUAAGCAUUUUCUUGUGAUAGAAUUUUAUUUGCAAUAGAAGAUCAGA